UUCCGUUUUCUUUAACAGUUUUAGUCCUGGCUGAUAUAAAGAUGAAACUGUCUGGAGAUCAUUAUCAAUGGAGACAAUAUCACCCUCAAAUCUUAAAUGGAUGUACAGGUGUUGUACUACAGUGGUGAUUUGUGGUUAUUUAGUCUGUAAUAAUAAAUGUCGCCAGUAGGUGGCGACAGUGCCACACGACAAGAUUCACAAUGGUGCAGAGGACCAGAGGAAUUAUGUGUUUUACAAACCCAUUUGAGAUAAAUUGGACGUCGAGAAAUUCCCGGAACUACAAAUAAAGUGCCCUACUUGGACUUUACAUCACUUUUGGGAUGGCCACCGCGCCAGACUCUUCACUUCAUAUGAGAUCGACUGAUCUUAUCAAAAAAGAGGCCCUGGAUUACGGAGGAUUUGGAGAAGUUUACCUGUGCUACCAUGCGACCCUCGGCCAGGUGGUGUUGAAGACUAUGUAUACAGGCCCUCUUCGCAAUGAGGAUAGUAAAAGGUCGCUGCUGGAGGAGGGGAACAUUAUGGCAAGCCUGAACCAUGAGCGUGUGGUCAAGUUGCUGGGUGUGAUUAUGGAGGAUAGAGACUGCUCCUUAGUCUUGGAACUCAUCCCCAGGGGCAACCUGUUUGCCAUGCUUGAGCAGGUCUCUGUGCCAAUGUCCAUCAAAGGCAGAAUAAUCUUGGAGAUUUUGGAAGGGAUGGUGUACCUUACAGACAAACACGUCAUACACAAGGACCUCAAGCCAGAAAACAUUCUAGUGGACAAGGAUUUUCACAUCAAGAUUGCAGACCUCGGCCUGGCCACCUGCCACACAUGGAGCAAACUCACAAAGGAGGAGUCUCGCAGGAAGAGUCGUAUGGGCAGAACAGCCGGGGCGAGAGGUGCAGGGACACUGAGCUACAUGGCUCCUGAGCACCUGGAGAGUAUACAUACAGCCUCCACUGAGAAGUCUGACGUCUACAGCUUUGCAAUUGUGGUUUGGGUCAUCCUCACAGGCGAAGAGCCAUAUCCAAAUGCCAGGAGUGAAGACCAUAUCAGCCAGUGUGUCCGUAAUGGUGAAAGACCAGCAGAGAACCUUAUUCCAGAGAACACUCCUACAGAGAUAACUGACCUAAUGAAGAGAUGCUGGGAUGGCAGUCCACAGAAAAGGCCGACAUUUAAAGAGGGCUAUGACUUAUUUCUUCCUUUCUACAUGGAAAAGCUUGAACCAUAUGUAGAGACAGACUUACGUCUUCUGAGGGACUCAUAUGAAGGCCCAGAAGAAUUUGUUGAGAAGAUGAAGUCUUUAUCAAUGACCCGUGAAUGUAUUUCGGCAGACUGCCCAGCUCCUUUGAUGAGUUCAGACAGAAAUGUAUCUGUGCCAGUUGAAGCUAGUAUUGAGGACCUGCAUUGCAUCCAAUGCCACCCACCUAUGGAGUCAGUGGAGCCCGAGAUUCAGACAGACGCAAAGGUAGCCAGCAGCCCUCCAGCUGUUGAGGAGAAACUAGAUCGGGAGUUGAAGUACCACAUCUACGGCAGCUAUAACAAUGAGAACCAGCCUGACCCUGCCAACAGCUUCCAUCAGAACAAUAACUUCCUGCCAAACCACUUCAGCAUUUCAGAUAAUACUGUUAGGCAACCAGAACAAGACAGACCCUCUUCUGUUUCCUCUGUCCAUUCCUGGACAAAAGCUGAAGCAGUGCAGCCAACCAGCCAGGAAGAGACUUGGUAUCGCCCUACUGCUGGUCUCUAUGAAUCCAUGUCCUCCUCCACACCCACUGCAUCCCACUUACCUAUGUCUGCCAGCACCCCUUCUCUAUCCCACUUUAACCAGCAACAUCCAUAUUCCCACUAUGACCGCCAACAGUCCUGGCCAGUUUAUCCAGUGUCUGAUACAGGUGCCCCUGAUAUCACUCCUGGACGUCUCUUUACCCCUUCCAAGGGUGCCUCGCUACAAGAUCCAGCAUCUCUUUACAUUAAGAAUGCCAGGGGCAUCCAGAUUGGCAACAACAACACGCUGAGUAUCCUAGGUUACGAGUCUUCCCAUAGUUCAUUAUCUUCAGCUGCUAGCAGCUCAGCUAACUCUCCAAUCAAAGAAGCCAUUCAGAAAUAUGAGGACCAUGCCGUGACUGAAGAGCACCUGGAUCUGCUGAGGGACAACAUCGGGAACAAAUGGAAGCGUUGUGCACGGAGCCUGGGUCUGACCAGUGUGGAAAUAGAGACCAUUGAGCAUGACUACUACCUUGAUGGCCUACCAGAGAUGGUGCACCAGAUGCUGGAGCGCUGGAAAAUGAAGGAGGGAAGUAUUGGCUGUACAAUUGGGAAGCUGUGUCGAGCUCUGGAAGGCAAAAUAAAGGUAGAUGUCAUCCAGAAAAUAUUGGACAACUGCGGUUGUUCCUCCUUGAUCUGAUAAACUUGGUUCACUUGGCAGAUUUCCCACAUUCCCUCCAAAUGACUUUCUGAUUAUGAUGGCCACAUCUCCAAACUAUAAUGUAUUUAAGGGGUUAGUUAAACCAAAUCACUCAAAAACAGCCAUGCAGAUAGUGUUGAUUUUAUGUGCUGAGGUUUUGAGAUAUCGUCUUUAUACUGCCCCCAAAUACAUUAGAGGUAAAUGAAAUUUCAUUUGUGCUGCCUAAGGCACUGGAAGAUGUCAUUUAUAACUUGCUGUUUUCAUAGAGACAUUCUCUUUUAAUGCCUUCUAUGUGUGACAGUUCAAUUGCAUUUUCAAAUUACUGCAUCAUUUUCUUCUGCCAAACUUAUCUAUAUGAGCAGUAGAGUUGAAAGUUUCAAGUUGAACUGACCAGUUUCAGAGCAAGUUUUUCUUGUUACAGAAAUGACAAAAUCAUUGUUUAUUUUCUAAUUUACUAUAAAGUGAUAAUGACCUAAAUAAUUAGUUUUUCUUAUCCAUCUGCCAGUGGAUAUGAAGAGUCAAAAUGAGAAUUAUAAACAAGUAAUCUUUUUAACACACUGUCAAACGUGCUUUCAGAAAUUGUACUUUGUGAUGACAUUAUGUAAAAGCCAUUGAGUUUGUACACAGUUACUGUAGCUGUAGCAAAAUAAUGAAGUCAUAUUCAGGGGCAAUCAAAUGGUGUACGCUAAACAUUUAUUCCAGCUAAAAACAAACUUCAAUCACAGAACAAGUAAGGUCUGUAAGGUCAAUGAACCCCAGAGAAGCUGAAAACAUUAUGAGUUAUAGGUGAAAAAAAUAAAUGCAGAUUGUAUAAAAACCAUAAUGGAAUAUUCAAAAAUAAUGUACAUUAUUGUCGUCAUCUGUGUGUCCAUUAGGGGUCAGUAUACAAUGUGUUCAUAAGUUAGUUUAACUCCUAACUCCUUUUGAAUCUAAGACCUACCAUAGAUUAUGUGUUCCAAAGAAUGUUAUUUCCCCAAAUUACGUGUGUAUGAACUAUUAAUUAGCUACGGUGUGUGGAUUUCCUGCAAUGAUAUCAGAUUAUUGUUACAUUUAUUAGUCAUUUUACUGUACUGUGUCAAGUGUUUUGGAUUACAAGAAAUAUUUCUUGCAAUCCAAAGAUUGUAUGUAAAGAUUGAAUGUUGAUGGUUUCAUGUCUUGAUCUUUUUCAUACAGUGUGACUUUGUAUACCAGUUCUCACAGUGUUGAUGUAGUUCACGCUGCACAAUAGCAGACUGACAUGUAGUGUUACCAAAAACCCUCCAUUGAACUAUUCUCACUCCACAGGCCUUACAAAAGCCAGAUCCACUGCAGAACCAUUAUGACAUUCAGAAUAAACUGUUUACAAAUGUUCCUAAAA